AUGAAAAAAUCCGGGCCACCUGUCGUCAAAGAAGAGUUCAAUAUGACUACAGCAGAAGCACUUGCUCUUGAGUAUUCAGUGUCUCAACUUCAGGAGUCGAUACGUAGGAUCCUUGAAGAUGCACCGGAUGUGGACCAGUUAUCGGAUUAUGUGAAGAGACUCUCAUCUGAUUUGAAAAGACAUGAUGAAGAUAACGGUGAUCUUAUGCAGACUGGAGAUGGCCAGAACGAAGACUCCACUGGUUCGAAAGUUUUGAUUCUAAGCAGAAAUCAGAAGAUUCAAUUGGCUGCAAAGUUGAAGUCGUUGUAUGAGGCUCGAAAACUAAGAGUUUUUAAGCAGAUCGCCGAGUUUGACGAGACCACUGAAUUCACAGAUGUUGAACCUGUCAGACUUUCUCUUAGAAAGCUUCCCAGCGAAGAGGAGAUGGCCGCACAGAACGAGGCCAAGGACGAGUCUUCUGCUAUCAAGAUGCAUUACAAGAACAUAGUAGGUCCUCACGGCGAACAGCUACCACCUUUACCUGUGAUAGAUGACCAUGCACUUGAAGCAAGAGUGUUUACUCACAAGUCUUUGAUAAAUAACGUCAAACAUUUGAGUCCCGAGGAUAUCAUUCAUUCACACAACGAACGACUCGAGUUUCUUGGUGAUUCCUUACUUGGUUACGCAGUAACUAAUAUACUCUAUAAGCGGUUUCCCAAUGCCAACGAGGGUGAUCUUUCUAUUAUGAGAUCUAGUUUGGUCAAUAAUGCCAGACUCUAUGACUAUUCGUGUCUGUAUGGAUUUGACAAGAGGCUUCAUCGUUCUGUAAACAAGAACGAGCAGUUUUUACAGGGGAAACAGAAACUUAUUGCCGAUGUUUUUGAGGCCUACAUUGGAGGCUUAUACAUUAGCGGUAGCUAUUCUAACUUUCGAGAAAUCAAAGCCUGGCUAGCUCAAGUUAUGGAAGAAGAUAUCCAAAAGAUGACCAAUAGGGGAAAUGCACAAGAAAGAGAUAGUCUCAAUAAGAAAGCCAAAGCAGAACUCUAUGCUUUGAUUGGAUCAGCUUCUAUGCAUCCUAGUUACAUAAUCUUACAGGAAGGUAACGGCACAGAUAUCAACUAUAAAGUGAAUUGUGUGAUCAAUAACGAAGUCAUAGGAAAAGGUGAGGCCAAUGGGGCGAGAGAGGCUGGCCUUAAAGCUGCCAUGGUUGCACUCGCAAACAGAGAAGUCAUUUCGAAAUAUAAUAUGAUCAGAAUGAAGACACCCAGAGAACAAUCUGUUCUCGCCGAGCGUGAUGGAGAAGCUGAAAGUAAAGAUGCAGACUCUGAAGAUUCCUCUGACAAUUCUGCGAGUCUAAUACUCCCAAUCGAGAUACCUAGUUCAACCGAUGACGAUAACAUUGAGACGAAAUGGAAGGAAGAACUAUACAAGUAUCUUGGAUCCAGACAGAGCCUCCCUGAGUAUAAACUAGAACCUCGAGAUUCGUGUAUCAAAACCACACUUUCUAUAAACUCUGUGCCUGUGUGCUACUGCCUAGCAAAGAAUGGAAAGAAGGGAAGCCAGAACUGUGCCAAAUACAUUUUACAACACCCAAAGCUAUUCAAGAGAUGCUACGUAUUCAACCAAUGA